AUGAGCCUCACCGCGGAGGAUACAGAGUCAGUCGUGGUUAUUGAGCGCGUCUGCUCCAUCCUGUCGCUUCUCGGUGGUCUCUUCGUCAUCAUCAGCUUUUCUGUCUCGGAAGCUUUUCGCCAGCGCGCUAUCAACCGCAUGGUGUUCUUUGCUACGUUCGGAAACAUGUUGACUAACGUGGCUACGCUAAUGACGACGUCAUUUACGGACGCUACCAACUCCUUUGGAUGUCAACUGCAGGGGUUUCUAAUUCAGGUCUUCAUGCAAGGCGAUGCUUUCUGGGCCCUAGCAAUGGCCAUCAACGUGUAUCUCACCUUCUACCACAAGUUCGAUGGAAGAGCUCUGAGGAAGAUGGAGAUCCCGUAUUUCCUCUUUUGCUACGGCGUUCCGUUCAUCACCGGAUUCACCUUCAUUUUUGUCAGGCAAUACGGCGAGAGACCUUACGGCAACGCGAUCCUUUGGUGCUGGUUGAGCAAGAAGUGGGAGGUCUACCGUAUUGCCACAUUUUAUGCGCCCGUCUGGCUUUGCAUUAUCAUCGCGACCUUUAUCUACAUCCGUGCCGGCCGCGAUAUCUACAAGAAGCGCCAAAUCAUGAACAAGCUCGGCCCCGAAGGCUCCGAAGGCGGCACCUUCGUCGACAUGUUUGCUCCAGCCUACAACUACAAGACCACCAAAGUCACCCAAACCACCGAGAUUAUCUCCCUUCCGUCGACUGCCAACAAAGACGCUUCAUUCCCGCAUACCCCGAUCCGCCAAGCCGACGACGCCAAAGCUCGCGCGCAAUGCUCCGUAACCGUGACCAUCUCCGCCGACAACAACAACAACAACAACAACACCUCAUCCCACAAGCGCAACUCGCAGCCCAACAACAACACCAACCUUGCCACCGAAAAUCACCACGAUGUGGGUAUCACCGGCACGACAACCAACACCAUUACCAACGAGCGAACCAUCGUGCACAUCUCAGCCGGCAAUAACCCGGCUCUCCCUCCCUCGGGAACAGCAGCCAACAUGCAAGCCCAAGCGCAACGUCGCCGGGUUCACGAGGCACACAACGCCGUCUGGUCUUACACCAAGUGCGCCAUCCUCUUCUUUUCCGUGCUGCUCAUCACCUGGAUCCCUUCGUCCGGAAACCGUGUGUACAGCAUCUUACACCACGGCGAGAUCUCCAAGCCUUUGUUCUUCGCUAGCGCCUUCGUCUUGCCGCUGCAGGGGUUCUGGAACGCCGUCAUCUACGUGGUCACGUCGUGGGCUGCGUGCAAGGAGCUUGGCGCGGCACUGAGCGAGGUGUUUCAGGGUAUGAAGUACUGGUGUAUGUGCUGUGUGAGCAGGAGGCACAAGAAAGGAGGCAACAAUGAGGAUGAGGAUGGAAUUAUCCUCGGAAGUAGGAGGAUGCCUGGACGGAUGAGGGGAGAUCCUAACCGCCGGAGGCCGGGAGGUGGAUCGGGAAAUAGUUGGGCGACGACUAUGGCAAGGGCCAAGGCACAGGAGAUGGAGCUUGAUACGACUAGUAUGGAGGAUCUGACGGCCAAUGGGGCGAGGAUGGAGAGGGUUUCGCCUGUUUGA